AUGGAAGAAGACAUAAGAUGCAUCCUUUCAAUUGAUGGAGGUGGUUUUCGAGGUAUAAUUCCUGCCAAAAUUCUCUCAGAAAUUGAAAGAAGAGUAACUGAAGAAAUAAAAAAAGAUCAUAAAAAUGUUGAUAUAAGAUGUGCCGAUUUAUUUGAUAUUAUAUCUGGAACUUCAACAGGUUCUAUACUUGCUUUAGGAUUAUCAAUUCCUAAAGAUAAUCGUCCUAAAUUUGAUGCUCAAUAUCUCGUGGAUUUUUAUAAGACACAUGGACAUGAAGUCUUUCCUGAGUAUUCUGCUAUAAUGUUUGCCAAUAUGUUAUUGGCUAAAUCUAAGAAAUUAUUACAAGAUUAUGCUGAAAAUGAAGCCGAAGAAGUUGAGGAGAGAAUUAAAAAAAUUGAAAGUAAAACUAAUAAUGAAGGUAAAAAAGUAGGAAUACUUGAAAGGCUUUUUAGCAUUUCAAUGAAGAAAAAGAACAAAAGUAAUGAGACCGAGAAGAAAAAGCUAGAUGUAACCAUUAAUAAAACUGAAGUUGUAACCAUUAGUAAAGCUGAAGAUGUACCCGAUGAUAUAAAAAAGAGUAAAGCUGAAGAUUUAAUCAUGAGUAAAGAUGAAAAAAAAGGUGAAGAAUAUUUUACUAAAGCAUUAAUGUAUAUAAAGGGAUAUGAAAAUGCUUAUAAUCCUUGGAAGCCGAAAUAUGAACCAGAUGUGUUGGAAAAAUUAUUGCAAGAAAAUUUUCAAGAUAUUAAACUUAAAGAUACUGUAAACAACGUAGGCGUAAUUAUUCCAUCAUUUAAUAUUACCAAUAGUGAAGGUACUUUCUUCACAAAUCUUUACGCUCAAUACGAAGAUUAUCUCAUGAGAGAUGUUAUACAAGCAAGUGCGUCCGCACCUACCUAUUUUCCUGCAAAACAAAUUGGUACAAAAUAUUUUAUUGAUGGUGGAGUUUUUCAGAAUAAUCCAACUGUUAUAGCAUAUCUUGAAGCAAAGAAAAAGUUCCCAAAUGCGAAAUUUGUAGUAGUUUCACUUGGUACAGGAUACUUCAAAACACCUCUAGAAAUGUAUAAAGAUUCUGGUGUUGUUCAGUGGGUAAAACCUUUGAUUGAUAUCUUAUUUAAUGCAGAACUAGAUAAUGAUGACGCCACUAUGAAAUUUUUGGCUGAAUUUGAUGGCACAAGUUACUACAGAAUUCAACCACAAUUGAGUAUGGAAGAUUAUUCUAUAUCUAACACUUCAACAAAAGAAACUGAUAGACUUAUUGCAUUUGGAGAUGAGAUUAUUAAAAAUCCUAAUUAUAAGUUAGAUGAAAUUAUUAAUUUACUUGUUGAAAAAUGUAGAAAAAAGAUGAUUUUCCCCACCAAAACAAAAAGUAAAGCCGAAAAAUGA